CGACUGCCAAUCGUUAGUUGCCGAGAAGCACCGUGAAGGGAAGGAGGGAGGGAUACUAAUACACACCCUACUGUCGGGAGUACCAGCUACGUACAGUAGUUGUGUGUUAGAGGGGGUGAGCGAGCGUACAGAGGAUGGCGGGACGCCGAGGCGGUGAUGGGUGGUGUGGGAUGUUGUCACCUUGGCUGGGAAGUGCUUGGAUGUGUCCAGUGAAGCGGCAGCCAAGUAUACCAUCUGAGGCCAUCACUUUCGGAGAUGACAACUGGUGGAGGGAGUCGCCUUCACCUAGCCGGACCUACAGGGGACCGCAAAUGAUCGGCACCCCCCCACCACCACCACCACCACCACCCCCCCCAGAUAUGGUGUGUUUUGAACAAGAGAAUCGUCGGUGCUGGCUUCCUCAAGCUGCUCCUUCCGGCCCACCGGUUCCUCCACCUCAUGGUCCUCACUCCCUCUACCGCUCACUCGAGGACUAUAAGCCCCUUCAACACAUUUCCAGGACGGUUCACUUCAACGAGUACGAAGAUAUAUUGAAAGAGGGACUGAAACCAAAGAAGAUUGGGUCUGAACACCUCACUUACAUCUCCAUCUCGAAACAAAAUAUCUGCGCGUUAUUUUUCGGAGUCCCUGGUGAUGGUGACGCCCAUGAUUGGUACGGUAACAUUAGAUUAAAGGUCGAAUUUAAUCGGAUGUUGCAGGAGAUACAUCCACGCGUCUACUUUGUGGAUGUUGUCGAUUUUAAAUCCUCCAGCGCCUCCAGACUACUACUGACGACGAGGAGAUACGAUAACCACUUCCCCAGGUACGAUCCUAAGGUGAUGGGCGGCCCUUGGUACAGAGACCCAAGUGGUAAAGACUGGUACCUAACGAACGCCAGGAGAUACAACAGCACCAACAAGAACCAUCACGGCCACCAGUUAGAGUUCUUGGUGGAGUUAAAUAAAGUAGAGUACCAGAAGUUGUUGUCUAUGUGUGAGAAAAGUCCCGUCGAUCACUCCCAAGCCAACACCAAGAAGCCGAGGACCUGUAUGAGAUAUAAUAGCUUCGGCAACCCGUGUCCUUCACCCUGGGAGGCCAAGGAGACGGAGGAACGGGUGAUGUGCCUUGACCUUAAGAAGAAGAAGAAGAAAUACCCGACUACCUGUGAUCGUUUAGAAAAUAAGGACAAAGGUGAAAAGAAAGACAACGAGAGAGCAAUUUAAGACAAUAAAAAAAAGUACAAAUAUGUGGUGAAACAAUAAAACAAAAGACAAACACAAACUGAGUAAAGAAGAAAAACAAAAUGGGUAAUAUUAAUUCAUGAGCUUCGAUAAUUUAUAACCUUGUGUUGAAGGGGUAAAAAUAACAUUAUAAUCUCUCACAAUUAUCAUUCCCACGACAACACAACACGACCUUAAUAAACACAUAAACCUAAACGGAAAUAAGAAACAACUUAAUAACUUGCAAUAUUACGCUUGAAUAGCAUUAUAAUUCAGUAAAUAACAGGUAAAAAUUACCAUAUAUUACCAACAGGAGUUUAAAAAAAAGUUAAAUUGUCAUAUAUAUAAAAAGUGGAUUAUCCUGUGAUAUAAACAGCCUCGUGUGAUUACUGUUUGGUGUAGAAUAACUCGUUGGAAUGUCAGUAAGAGAUAACCGUGUGUGUUGAAGGCCUUGUUGUGUUGGCUGAAGGAGCGACUCGAGUGUUAUGCCGAGUACAGGCAGUCUGGUCACCUACCCAGAGCACCCACGAUUGUCGCCAUCACCACCUCCUCUACUUCUCCCCUUCUACUUUACGGUGCUUUCUUCCUUCUCUUCGCAGUGCCUUCCUUCCUCUUUACGCUGUUCUUUUCACGUUAUCCUCUUCACGCUGUCCUCGUCUUCACGCUGUCCUCUUCACGCUGUCCUCUUCACGUCGCCGCCACUUCACGGUACUCCUGUCUGGUUCUCCUCAGUGUAACUCCAUGUUAUAGCCAAGUGAGUGAAGAACCUCAGCUGGCGGAAGUCUCAAUAAAAAUGUAACCUAAA